UCAGCUUUGGUCCGGCUGCGUACGGAGCUGGUCGUAUUUCAAUACAACAAUAACCGAUUGCCAAUAACUAGUUCCAUAAUGAUUCGUUUUUGUAACCGAAGGUGGGCAACCCUUGUCUGUAUACUUGCGGUCUCGAUUGGAGUAUUGCACGGCAUGUCACACGUUGAAUUUUACGAAUAUUACUCCCGAUUUUUGGAUGACAUCGAUAGACUGUGUCAACUGAGUGUUGACUACAUCUCGUAUGUAAUUACGCGGCUGCUGAGCAGUAAAAAAACUGAUAAAUUGCAGAUGGUUAACGAGCAUUACAACCUGAUGGUUCAGAGAGCUCAGCCCUUGUUCACGCUUUUCGACGAAGACAUACGGAGGCUCAUCAUAUUCACAGACAACUUGGAGAGCAUAGAAAUGGUCAAGAAGUUCCUUUACUCUUACUUCAGACAGAGUGCAAUCAACUUGAUCGAUCACUUGAAACGGGUCUACAACUUGUGACAAUGCCUGUAGCUUAACAGAUUUCUACCGUGUUGAAAUUGAUGAGUCUUCUUAGACGUGCAAGUUAAGAUUUCACAUUUGAAUACGGCAGCUUGUUAUUUUUGAUUGGAUUACCAGGUGACGUUCGUUCAACUUCCAUACGGCUACGAUGCUGCCAGUAGCAACGAGCUUGUUGUUUACGUCUAGAUUUAUCAGCUUCUGGUGUGUCAAAUUUAAGAAGAAGAAAAACGAAAGUGAACGUUAUUACUGACUGACUGGACAUUUCGACUUUUAAACUUUGAUCACAUUGCAACCAGCUUUCGGUUAGAGAUCCCGAGAAAAUAUGCAGCGUAUUUUCAUUCGCUGCGGUAUCGUGAAUCUAAACACAAACUCGUUCGUCGCCUGGAAAACGGUUUGUCGUCUUUUUGCUGAAAAGACGCGACCACUGGCAGCGAUCGAGAGACAGGAACGUUUUCGAGAUGCAUCCAAUGAACUGAUCUCCAGUAUAGCUCAGCCGCAAACAGCCGGUGGUUUGGCUUCGGAAAUUUCACCAACUUCUGCCACGAUACCUCUGACGGAUGCCGCGGUGUCGCAGCAAGCAAGUAACGUCUUUGAAAUACCGGAUGUGAGCGUAUCGUCGGAAGUAACAAGAGAUAAAACUCCCUUGCCUUUCGAAGACAUACCGGGCCCGGUGGCUUUGAAGAUCUUUGAAAAAUAUUGGAAAUACGUACCUCUGCUUGGUACGCAACUAAUUUGCAGCCUGCUCAUCAACAGAUUAACUCUGGGUCAGCUGAAGUGGAACCGAAACGUGAUGCCGUUGAAGUACUUGUUUAACCGGUACGGACCCAUAGUUCGCAUCCAUGGACCCAUUUCUGGUGACAUAGUCAUGAUCCACAGGCCAGAACACAUUGCUGAAGUUUACAAACAAGAAGGUGAGACGCCAGUCCGAAGUGGCAUCGACGUUCUGCAGCAUUAUCGGCUACACUACAGAAAAUCCAGGCUACCGGGGCCGUUUACAAUGCAAGGAACGGAGUGGACGGAGCUUCGAGCAAAUCUGGACAAACCGUUCGCCCAGCAGCUAACCCGGUAUUUUGGAAAACUCGAAAUGACGUGCGACGAGCUUGUGCAGAGGAUACGGAAAAUCCGGAACAGGCAGGACGAGGUGCCGGGCGACUUCGAUCAGGACCUUUCCCGUUGGGGCAUGGAGUCCUUUUCGAUCCUGUUGCUAAAUCGACGUUUGGGCUUCCUCGAGCCAUCGGGAUUAAAUGCAGCGUCCGAACCGGCGAGAAUAAUCGAAGCUCUUACCAGUGCGCAUCUAUAUCUCAGUCGCUGUGAGAGUGGUUUCCAAGUUUGGCGGUUCUUCGAGACGCCGUAUACCAGGAAACUGUUCGCAGCCUGUGACGUUAUUGAUGGAGUGAUCGGGAAGUACAUUCGACAAGCUCAGAACAAAUUACGCAAUCGAUCAGCCUCCACCUACCAGGAGAAAAAUUCAACCGCGGACAAUGUCGAGGACAACGGUUCCCCAAUCCUAGAUAAGCUGAUCUUGGAUCAAGAGAUGCAGCCUGACGAUAUAUCGACUCUGAUAAUGGACAUGAUCAUUUUAGGUGUUCAGGCGACAACGAAUAGCGAGGCUUUCCUCCUGUACUACUUGGCAAGAAAUCCAAGAAUUCAACGCCAACUGUACGAAGAGAUUGGUGCUUUGAUGCCGAGCAGAGGGUCGGAGCUGACCCAAUAUUCCUUGAAGAAAAUGCCGUACCUACGUGCCUGCAUAAAAGAAUGUCUCAGACUCAGACCAGCAUUCCCAUACGUGACACGAGUUCUCCCGAAGUCUAUAACUCUGCACGGAUACGUGGUUCCGAAAGACACGUACGUCAUAAUGGCUAAUCAGAUAUCGUCACACCGGGAGGAAAAUUUUGAAGAUCCGGAAAAGUUCAAGCCAGAAAGGUGGCUGUCGAAUAACACGGAGCGUGGCGAACACCAAGCGUUCAGCUCUCUACCUUUCGGUUACGGGGUUCGAUCUUGCUUGGGAAAACAGAUGGCCGAGACAGAGAUGAUGCUGCUGACAGCAAAGCUGAUCCGCGAGUUCAGAAUCGAGUACGACUACGCUGACAUCGGCAGUAACUACAUGGUGGUCAACGUCCCCAACAAACCGCUGCGUUUCCGUUUCGUGGACAGAGACUAGCAGCAUUCACCUGGGCGUCGGAGCCCGCAGAUGUAUUGAGUGAAGAGACGUUGUGAGGGUGAGCAGCGAACAACGUCACGUGAAGCUGAACUAUCCAUUUCCGAUGUGUCGGUACUGGAACCAUUUUUUGCAAUCGAACUGAUUUUUCGGAAUGAGUGUUGUUGCAGCAUGCUUUUAUACAAAGCCGUUUCACCUGUUAUUGGAAUAAAAACUGUGUUUGCCCUU